CUGAACAGAUGUAAACAAUUCACAUGUGUGUACUACAUAAUCAUUGCAUUGCUGCAUCACGCAUUAGCGGCAGUUGUGAUUGAUAUCAGAACAGGCAAAAUUUGUACGGAUUGGAGACUGAGAUGUUAGCUUAUUUUGUCUGAAUUUGAUCGCCAUAUCAGUGUUCACUCCAAAGAAAGCAAGAUGCCUUCAAAAACUUUAUGCGAUCGAGUCAUCCCACCUUCCGUGAGAGACAGGGUCCAAGAGCUUGAAGGAGAUCUAAAUGAUGGCCUCAUUACAGAGAAGGGUUAUAUCAAGAAGAAGAGCAAGAUACUGUUUGAGCAUAUGUCAUCAGACGUACAAACCACGCUGAAAGGUCUAGAAGAUGAACUGAAGGACGAAGAGUUGACAGAGAAAGGGUAUUUCAACAAAGUGAAGUCUAUCUUGGCCAAGUUUCUUGAAAGCUGCAGCCCCAGCACCAAUGGAGAUGUGAAAGAAACAGAUUCCAAAGAGAAGACUAAUGGGGAGGCUCCGCCCACAGUGGAUAAUGGCUCCAACUCCACCCCUUGUAAUGGCUCCAUCAAAACCAAUGGCCAUUCAAAUGGCAACCAUGUUGAGUCUUCUGUUCCGGAGGAAAAUGGGGGGAAGAGCCAAUCGGAGGAGGACAUGGAGACUGACACGCCCACUUCUGAAAAACCAAAGAAGAAGAAGAAGGGAAGUCCGAGCAGAGAUGGAGGGAAAGGGAGAAAAAGGAAAGUUCUUGGAGACAGCGAAGAUGAGGACAAGAAGGGAAGAGGAGAAAAGGAAUCGGAGAAAGAGGACGAGGAGGUGGAGGGAGGGAAUGGAGAAAAGACAACACCGGACGCAAAGACGCCUAGAUCAAGUAAGAGGAAGAGGUCUCCUAAGGUGGAUGCCAAGCAGCCCAGCAUCAUGUCAAUGUUUACUAAAAAACCAGUAAAGAAGGAAGAAGAGAAGAAAGAAGGGUCGUCAUCAAUGGAAGCUGAUGAGAAACAAACAAAGAUGGAGAAUGGAGAUGAUGGAAAGAAGGAAGAGGAGGAGGAGCCAAGUGGACCAGGAGGAAAGAGGAUCAAAAAGGAGGAGGAGGUGGAAGAGAAAGCUGAAGAGGAUCCAAUGUCACCAACGAGAGAUCUCCGACAGAAGUCCAGUAAAGAGACAAAUGUAACCACGCAAGAAACCAAGCAACCUCCUCUACGAUGCAAGGAAUGUCGGCAGCCGUUAGAUGAUCCCGAUCUAAAACUCUUCCCAGGAGAUCCUGAUGAUGCUAGGGAGGAAUACAUCACCUUGACGGACCCCAGGCUCUCUUUAUUAACUGGUGACGAGGAAGAUACUAUGAGCUAUGAAGAAAGGCUUCAGUUUAAGAUCACUAAUUUCAGUGUCUACGAUAAAAGCACUCAUCUCUGCGCAUUUGAUCGUGGUUUGAUUGAGAAGAACAAGGAGCUGUAUUUCAGUGGAUAUGUCAAGCCUAUCUAUGAUGAAAAUCCAAGUAUCGAAGGUGGAAUCCCAACAAAGAGAAUGGGUCCAAUUAAUGAGUGGUAUACGACAGGAUUUGAUGGAGGAGAAAAGGCUCUCAUUGGAUUUAGCACUGCUUAUGCUGAAUACAUUGUAAUGGGCCCGAGUGAGGAAUACAAGCCUUUCUGGCAGGCCGUGCAGGAGAAGAUCUACAUGAGUAAGAUACUCAUUGAGUUUCUUAUAGGUACCCAGGAUGCUGUCUAUGAAGAUCUUCUUGGUCAAAUUGAGACGACCGUACCACCAGAAGGAUGCAAUCGCUUCACAGAAGACACCCUCCUCCGCCACGCCCAGUUUGUCGUUGAGCAGGUUGAGAGCUAUGAUGAUGCAGCUGAUCAAGAUGAGGUUCCUCUCAUCACUAUGCCUUGCAUGAGGGAUCUUAUUAAGCUGGCUGGUGUCACCCUCGGCAAGAGACGUGCUGCUAGGAAAGCUGCAGCGGUUAAGAAAGAGAAGAAACCUGUCUUCACCAUGGCAACGGUCACACCCCUUGUUAGUCACAUUUUUGAUGAUAUCUUCAAAGAUCAAAUCGCAGAUGAGAUGAAAGCAGCUGCGGCGGAGAGGAAGAAACGAUGCGGAGUUUGUGAGGUAUGUCAAGCACCGGAUUGUGGAAAGUGUGCUGCAUGCAAGGACAUGAUUAAAUUUGGUGGAAGCGGCAGGGCCAAGCAAGCAUGCAAAGAAAGGAGGUGUCCCAACAUGGCUGUUCAAGAGGCUGAUGAGAAUGAUGUUGAUGAGAUGGACAAUGCUAACAAGAAAGAAAGUGUGGAAGAUAAGAAAGCUAAGAAGAGUCGCAAAUUAGGAUCACCGCUCAAGAAAAAGAAAAGGGCUAAGGUGACAUGGAUCGGUGAACCCGAAGAGGUGACUGAAGACCGUGCUUACUACAAGGAAGCCAUGAUUAAUGAUGAGAAGAUUGAGAAUGGAGAUUGUGUAUUGAUACAUCCAGACGAUCCAACCAAACCUCUCUUCAUCGCUAGGGUGAUCUACAUGUGGCAAGAGAGGGAGGGAGAAAUGAUGUUCCAUGCUCAGUGGUUUGUGUAUGGCUCUGAGACCGUUCUAGGAGAGACCUCAGACCCUCUUGAAAUCUUCCCCAUCGAUGAAUGCCAAGACACCUACCUAGCCUCCAUCAAUGACAAGUGCUCAGUCAUCUACAAAGCGCCCUCGUCUGAUUGGUUCAUGCUGGGCGGCAUCGAUGACCCCGAGACUGACCGCGUCAUCAAGGAGGAUGAUGGGAAGACGUUUUACUACCAGAAGUGGUACGAUCCUGAGUUGGCUCGAUUUGAGGAUUACGAGGUUCUAACGAGACCUGAUGAUGUCCCUGCUCAUCGCUUCUGUAGCUGCUGCCUUAAGCUUGAAAGAAUACAGGAGAAAGAAACACCAAGACCUGGAGCUAAGCUAGAGGAUGAUGAUGACUCCACUAGGACUAUGUACAGUUCCUGUAACUUCAAAGGUAAUGAAUUCAAACUUGGUGAUGGUGUCUACCUCCUACCAGAAGCAUUCUCAUUCAACAUCAAACAGAAACCUAUUACCAAGAAACCAUUAUCAAAGAAAGAUGUGGAUGAGGACCUGUACCCUGAGAACUACCGUAAAUCAUCUGAGUAUGUCAAAGGCAGCAAUCUAGAAUGUCCGGAGCCUUUCAGGAUCGGUAAGAUCAUUGCCAUCUACACCAACACCAAGAACAACUCAACGGUCAAACUACGGGUCAGUAAGAUGUAUCGUCCAGAGGAUACGCACAAAGGAAGGACAGCAGCUUACCAGGCUGAUCUUAAUAUCCUGUACUGGAGUGAAGAAGAGGCUGUAGUAGAACUAGGUGAUGUACAGGGUAAAUGUUCAGUGGUCUGUGCUGAAGAUCUCAAUGAAAGCGUUGACGAGUACAGUGCAGGAGGCCCUCAUAAGUUCUAUUUUAGAGAGGCCUACGACAGCAAGAGCAAGGAGUUUGAAGACCCUCCUAGUAAAUCACGUAGUAAUAGGAUGAAAGGCAAGGGCAAAGGGAAAGGAAAAGGCAAGGCGAAAGGGAAGACAGAGAAAGAGGAAGAAAAAGAAUCAACAGAGAUUCCCUUCCAGAAACUGAAGUGUCUUGAUGUAUUUGCUGGCUGCGGAGGUUUAUCAGAGGGAUUCCAUCAAGCUGGAAUAUGCGAGUCUAGCUGGGCUAUAGAGAAGGAGGAACCAGCAGCUCAGGCUUUCAGACUCAAUAACCCAGGCUCAACGGUCUUCAGCGAUGACUGUAAUGAAUUACUCAGACUAGUUAUGCAGGGUGAGAAGACAAGUCGUACAGGUCAGAAGCUACCUCAGAAGGGAGAUGUAGAAUUACUAUGUGGUGGACCACCCUGUCAGGGAUUCAGUGGAAUGAAUAGAUUCAACUCUAGAGAAUAUUCCAAAUUCAAGAACUCCCUUAUAUCAUCGUACCUGAGCUACUGUGACUACUAUCGCCCUCGCUUCUUCCUCCUGGAGAAUGUCCGAAACUUUGUAUCUUACAAGAAGAACAUGGUCUUGAAACUUGCUCUUCGCUGCCUUAUACGCAUGGGCUAUCAGUGUACAUUUGGCAUCCUCCAAGCUGGUCAAUAUGGUGUCCCACAGACUAGACGAAGGGCUAUCAUCUUAGCUGCGGCACCGGGAGAGAAGCUUCCCUUCUACCCUGAACCCCUCCAUGUCUUCGCCCCUCGUGCCUGCUCCCUCAGCGUGAUGAUCGGCGAUAAGAAGAUAGAAUCCAACAACCAGUGGUGUCUCUCAGCUCCGUAUCGUACCAUCUCGGUGAGGGACAGUAUGUCCGAUCUACCGACGAUCAGGAACGGUGCUCAGAAGCUGGAGAUAUCCUACGAUGGUGAACCGCAAUCGGACUUCCAGAAGAAGAUCCGAGGGAACCAGUACCAACCAAUCCUGCGUGAUCAUAUCUGUAAAGACAUGAGCGCCCUCGUUGCUGCCCGUAUGAAGCACAUCCCAUUGGCACCAGGGUCAGAUUGGCGUGACCUACCCAACAUUCCUGUUGCACUCAAAGAUGGAACCACAUGCAAGAAAUUGCGUUAUACUCACAAGGACAAGAAGAAUGGGAAGUCAUCGACCGGUGCCUUGAGAGGGGUGUGUUCCUGCGCAGAAGGGGACGCCUGUGACCCAUCAGAUCGUCAGUUCAAUACCCUUAUCCCCUGGUGUCUACCUCAUACCGGUAAUAGACACAAUCAUUGGGCAGGACUCUAUGGAAGGUUGGAAUGGGAUGGAUUCUUCAGUACUACUGUUACCAAUCCUGAACCUAUGGGCAAACAGGGGCGUGUCCUUCAUCCAGAGCAGCACCGUGUGGUUAGCGUUCGAGAGUGUGCGCGCUCACAAGGAUUCCCUGAUACCUAUCGUUUCUUUGGAACCAUCUUGGAUAAACACAGACAGGUUGGCAACGCAGUACCCCCUCCCAUGGCGGCAGCCAUCGGUAUGGAGAUCAAACAAUGUCUUCAAGCUAAGGUAAAGAGAGACCAGGAGAGAGAAGCCCUUGAACCCAUCAAAGAAGAGACCGUAGAGAGGAUGGAUUAAAUUAUAAGUACACCUGUUGCAUAAAAGUUACUAUUAUAGUAACUUUGCCAUGCAAUGGUAACUACCAUGGUAACAAUGCUGAUCAUCCAAUCAGAAUCAAGGAUUUCAGGGAAGUUACCAUUGGAUAGCGAUGUAACUUUAAUAGUAUUGUUUGUGAAAUGGGACCUGGGAGUGUUUCAUGAAAGAAAUGGUCAUUUUCACUGACUGUAUUGUUAUAAGCUACUGCUAAUCAUUGCAUAUGAUUGACUGAUAGCAAAUUAGGCAAUGAGAAAUCAGUGCCAAACCUUUUCAUGAAAUGCUCCUCUGAUAAUACCAAGUUGAUGUAGAGCAUUUCUUGAACCAUGAGGGCACAAGGAAGCUGAAUCAUCAUUGACACUUUACUCCACAAUGGGAUAAGAAAACAUAUGACAAAUGUUAUAUUUUCUGUCAAUCCAAUACUAUGAUUGCUUGCCUAACAUGUGGCUUGGCAUAAAAAGUUUUGCUUAUAUGGAGAGCAUGCUAGAUGAAAUUUAUAAGUAUACAUUGCUCAUGCCUUAUAACCCACCAUUUGGUCAGUAAUGAAAAUUUUGGUAAAUUAAUUCCGUGCCAUUUAUUAGCUGAUCGGUCGUUUAUUCAUUACAACUUUUUUCGACUCCAUAGCCUUGAUGAAUUCAGACCUUGCAUCAUUGUAAUUUAAUAUAAAUCUGUUAAUAUUUAUAAAUGCAUUGUAUUUAUAUUGCUUUUCAUUGUUCAAAAAGCUGUUUUUACCUAUGAAUAAAAAGGAUAAAUUUAUAAAAAUGUACUCUGAUUGCAUUUCUCUUUUAUCCAAAUAAGCUUUAAUAUUCCAUAUUUCGUAUGAAUUUGAAAUUUAAUUAUCUGAAUGUGUACAUAAGGUAUACUGUGUUGUCUGAAUAAGAGUUCUUGCUUUCAUAAAUAUCAAUUUUUACUUGUAUGUUGAGAUGUCUGUUUCGAUAUUACUGCAUUCAACUGAAACCAAGAUUGAAAUAUAAUAAAACUGUUAAAAAUGUAAUAACUAAUUCAAACCAGGAUUUAAAUAAGUGUACAAAAGCCAAUGAAACUGUUGAACGUGUUCUGGUAAUCAAUUUUCAUAGAAAAUUUGAAUGUGAAUGUCAUCUUUAUUUUGUAGUCAAUUACAGAUUAAACCAAUGGGGGAGGGGUAGGGAAUAGUAUAGGACUCUACGAAUUCAUAGUGUAUUUAAUAUGCAAGUAUAAACUGUGUUUUGUAAAUCUGUGAUAUUUGAAUCCUUGUUAAUGGUGCAACAACUGCUAUUGCCAUUAUACAAUGCCCUGUUUCUGUGAUGUACUUUUAUGCAUAUUAGAUGGCAGGGGACUGCGGAUGAAGACUAAUCGCAAAACCUGGCAAAGAAUAUCACACACGACUCAUUCACCCUGACCAAGCUCUCAUUGAUGUCUAGUCUCCCCUCUCAGUCCCUGUACAGCAUGGAACGUACUAGUAUCAUAGCCCCAUGUACAGGGUCUUGUCAAAGACUACAACAUUUAGGUAGCUUUGCAAUCAAUAGAAAGACAUUUACAAUUGUACGUUUAGGCCCCCUAAUCAAUCACAAAUCUUGCAAGUAAUUGCUGGUCUAUUUCAUGCAAACAUACAUUACAGAGUUGAUUUGAUUCUGUUCAAGUUAAUCUCUAUUACUUGUAGAUUUGAUGGUGAUAUUUGCAAUCAAUCACACAAAAUAUCUUGCAACUAUCCCUCAGAAUUACCUCUAAUGAAAUGUUUGUAUUACGUGUUUGUCAUUAAUAUCAAAUUUGUACCCUGGGUUGUUUGCAUGAUAAUUAAACCAUAAUGUUGCUGUAAGUGAUGGUAUUUGAACACCCAUACAGUAUGUAGUUCGUCAUAUUAUGCUAAGUAUAUAUGUCUAUACGUGUAUAUAGAGAUGGUCAAGUACAUUUUUUUUUCUAAUUAAACAAAACAAAAAUGCUUUCAUAUUGCAUUGACAACUGACCAUUUUACUCAAAUGAAAAAUGUGUUUGCUGCCCUCUCUUGGAAUUUAAGGAAUCAUAUUUUUGCUUUUGAUGUGAUAUAAAUAUAGAGUCUUUUGAAUGUAUUUGUACCUCAUUGUGCAUUCCCUAUUUUGGCCAAUUGUUGAAGUAUUGUACAAUAAAUUUACAUUUAUAUAACAAUUUGA